GGGAAUAUUGAAGCGAAUUCGAAGAAAGAGAAGAGAGAUGAGGUUGACGGGCCGAGCGGAGAAAAAUCACAAUGUUCAAUUAAUGCCAGCCAAAUGGAAAAAUCACGACUUGGCGAAGAAAAUGCAAUGCAUUUCUCUCUCAGCUGGAAUGGGGGGACGGGGAGCCCGAAUGGCGCGGACCGUCAGCAUCCAUCACAUCUGGCGGCCCGCCUGAAAAUGCAAGUAGCAAAAACAGCACAUACAUAUUAUCAAGGAUUUUUUAUCACAAGCCAAGCGAGUAGAAAAAGAAAAGAAAAAGCAUAGUAACAAGCAGGCACUGGCUGGCCCCUCUCCCUGCGGGCGGCAUUCUCCCCU